AUGAAGGUUUACAAAGUGGACGUGGCACACCGAUGGUUCUUGCAGGAGACUCCUGAGGUGCCAACAUAUUCCCUUGUGAUGGAGGGUAUCAACGAGACCACUGUCUCUGAAUUCAUCCUCCUCGGCGUGUCAGAGCGCCGGGACCUGCAGCCCCUGAUAUUUGCAGGGCUCCUGGCCACCUACUUGGUGAAUGUGAUGAGCAACGCCCUCCUGCUGGGUGCAGUGUGGAUUGAUAGCCAGCUGCACAGCCCCAUGUACUUCCUCCUCAGCCACUUGGCUGUGGUGGAUGUGAGCUUUGCAUCCAUCACUAUACCCCAGGCUUUGGUGCAUAGCCUAACACAGAAUCAAGCCAUUUCCUACUCUAGAUGCAUGGCUCAGGUGUUCCUCUUCCUUUGCACAGGCAACAUGGAGGGCUACCUGCUGGCCAUCAUGGCCUUUGACCGCUACAUGGCCAUCUGCAAUCCACUGUCCUAUGCUGCUGUAGUGACACGUGCCCUGUGCCUCAAGAUGGUAGGGACCUCUUGUGUCAUGGUGACCCUGAACUCCCUGCUGCACACCACCUUGGUCGCCCGGCUGCACUACUGCAGCAACCGACUCGCACACUUCUUCUGUGACCUGCCAACCCUGAUGCGACUUUCCUGUACUCGGCCCUUCCUCAAUGAGAUGGCCCUAUUCACUGAGGGCGUCAUAUCGGUGCUGAGUCCUUUUGUCUUUAUCUUGGCCUCUUAUGCCCUCAUUGGGGUUUCCUUGUGCCACCAGCACUCUGUCAGCCAACUGCGCAAAGCCCUCUCCACCUGUGGGUCUCACUUGACCGUCGUGCUGCUCUUCUAUGGCACCGUGGCCUGGCUAUACUUCCGCCCGGCUGCCAGCUUCGACUUGUUCCGAGACCGGAUGAUGGCCCUCUUCUACACUGUGGUUGCACCAGCCCUGAACCCCCUCAUUUACAGUCUGAGGAACAAAGAGGUUUUGUCUGCCAUCAGGAGAGCCUGGAGGAAGGUCCUGGCUCAUGGCCCUUGA